AGCAGGGCGGAAGCUCCGGAGUUAAGGCAGAGCCCAGCCACUGACGGGCAGGUGGGGACCCCCACCGAGGUGGUAGUGGGGGGGCCAUGGCUGGGGUCGCGUGCUUGGGAAAAGCUGCGGAUGCGGAUGAAUGGUGUGACAGCGGCCUGGGUUCUCUGGGUCCCGACGCAGCGGCUCCUGGAGGACCAGGGCUGGGUGCCGAGCUGGGCCCGGGGCUAUCGUGGGCGCCCCUCGUCUUUGGCUACGUCACUGAGGAUGGGGACACGGCAUUGCACUUAGCCGUGAUCCAUCAGCACGAGCCCUUCCUGGAUUUCCUCCUAGGCUUUGCCGCUGGUACUGAGUAUCUAGACCUGCAGAAUGAUCUCGGCCAGACCGCCCUGCAUCUGGCAGCCAUCCUGGGAGAGGUGUCCACCGUGGAAAAGCUGUACACAGCGGGUGCCAGCUUGCUGGUGGCAGAGCGUGGGGGCCACACGGCACUGCAUCUGGCCUGCCGUGUGCGGGCACACGCCUGCGCAUGCGCACUGCUCCAGCCCCGCCCCCGGGACCAUACCCCUGACCCCAGCCCCACCCCCGAGCCCGAGUAUCCCGAACCCUCAAGAGAGAAGGAAGAGGAGCAAAGAGAGGAAGACUGGAAAUUGCAGCUGGAGACUGAAAACUAUGAGGGCCAUACUCCACUCCAUGUGGCCAUCAUCCACAAAGAUGCAGAAAUGGUCCGACUGCUCUGGCAUGCUGGGGCUGAUCUCAACAAACCGGAGCCCACAUGCGGCCGGAGCCCCCUACACUUAGCAGUAGAGGCACAAGCUGCUGAUGUACUGGAACUUCUCCUGAGGGCAGGGGCCGACCCCGCUGCCCGAAUGUAUGGGGGCCGCACCCCAUUGGGAAGUGCCCUGCUCCGGCCCAAUGCCAGCCUCGCCAGCCUGCUCCGUGCUCACGGAGCCCCUGAGCCUGAGGAUGAGGAUGACAAGCCUGGAUCCAGCAGCAGUAGUGACGACAGUGACAGUGACAGCAAAGAUGAAGGCGACGAAUACGACGACAUUGUGGUUCACAGAGGCCAGACUCCAAACUCGUCACCUCCUACCCCAGCAUCCAGACCUUUUCCCGAAGACCCUGACCCCGCCUGAUUUCCAUGUUAAUAGAAUUUCUCAUUUAAUAAAGCCUCAGUUCUGAUGA